AUGAACAGCUCGACCACUCCAGGGAGCAGCUCACUGUCUGGACUCCUCUUCGUGGGAGGCCUUGACAGCACCAUGACCCGCGACGACCUGGAGCACGAGUUCGGCAAGUACGGACAACUCAAGGAGGUGUGGAUGGCGCAGAAGUCACCGAGCUUCGCGUUCGUCGAGUUCGAAAACGUGUCGUGCGUAGACGAGGUGGUGCGCGAGAUGAAUGGUGCUAUCGUCAAGGGCGCGCUGCUUCGGGUCGAGCGGGCUCGAAAAAAUUCGAGAUUGGCGCGCGGAAUCGGACCCUUCCGGCCGCGAUUGCACCGAGGUGGCGUCGUCGGGGCCGCGGCGGCAUCAUACAAGCAGGAUGACCUCGAACGCAAAAUGAUGUGCUGCGCCCCGGAGUCAACAGCUACGCCCAGUCCUCAAGAAACGACGCCACCGAUGCAGGCUUGGUACACGGUCUGCGCCAUGCCGUGUGUCCCAGGAUACGGCCCCGACAACGCGCCGACGACCGCGAUGGCCAACCCGUACUCCGCUCUAUACCAGCCUACGCACCAGGCCUGCUGGGGGCUGCGUCUUGGGAGUCGCCCCAUGGGACCAUGA